ACGCAGAUAACAAGCAUGCCCUUUCCACGCAGAGAAGCUCAGACUUUAAAAGGAAAUUCCACUUACUUGGAUGAUCAUGGGCCACCUCCUAGUAAGGUGCUACCUUUCCCGAGCCAGGUCGUGUACAACAGGGUAGGCAAGUGUGGGAGUCGUACUGUGGUCUUGCUUCUGAGAAUCUUGUCAGAGAAGCACGGAUUCAAUUUGGUCACGUCAGACAUUCACAACAAAACCAGGCUUACUAAAAAUGAACAAAUGGAACUGAUUAAAAAUAUAAGUACUGCCGAACAGCCCUAUUUAUUCACUCGACAUGUUCAUUUCCUCAACUUCUCAAGGUUUGGAGGAGACCAGCCCGUCUACAUCAACAUCAUUAGAGACCCCGUCAACCGGUUUUUAUCUAACUAUUUUUUCCGUCGAUUUGGAGACUGGAGAGGGGAACAGAACCACAUGAUCCGCACCCCCAGCAUGAGGCAGGAGGAACGCUACCUGGAUAUCAAUGAGUGUAUUCUUGAAAACUAUCCUGAGUGUUCCAACCCCAGAUUAUUUUACAUCAUUCCAUAUUUUUGUGGACAGCAUCCCAGAUGCAGGGAGCCUGGUGAGUGGGCCCUUGAAAGAGCAAAACUGAACGUGAAUGAAAACUUCCUGCUUGUGGGGAUUCUUGAAGAGUUGGAAGAUGUGCUGCUUUUACUGGAAAGAUUUUUACCUCAUUACUUCAAGGGUGUGCUCAGUAUCUACAAAGACCCAGAGCAUAGGAAACUUGGAAAUAUGACUGUGACCGUGAAGAAGACUGUCCCCUCCCCCGAGGCCGUGCAGAUUCUCUACCAGCGAAUGAGAUACGAGUAUGAGUUCUACCACUACGUCAAAGAGCAGUUCCACCUGCUGAAACGCAAGUUUGGACUGAAGUCCCACGUCAGCAGGCCCCCUCUGAGACCCCAGUUCUUUAUUCCAACUCCACUGGAAACCGAGGAGCCGAUCGAUGAUGAGGAACAAGAUGACGAGAAGUGGCUAGAAGAUAUUUAUAAGAGAAACCAACAACUCUCUCUAGAGUUUUUUCUUCGUUCACUAAAAUUGGACAGUAGCCAAGAUAUAAAGCAAGUCAUUUGGAACCUGUCGAGUGUGCACUAAAGCUACUUUAUCAUGAGAUGUAUUAAGAAGGCUCCACCCCACAGGAGUCCAGUGAAGGCUGGGACCACAGAGGCACAAAGUCCAGCAUUUGGCCACUGGUGGGCCUCCUUUCUGCCUCAGAGAACUGGGGCAGAGACGUGAUUAAGAAAAAUGUUCUUAGAAGAGGAAAUAUCCUUUGUCCUGUGUAGAGAGACCAGGGCCCUACCAUUAGGCAUACCUUAAAAAGCAACCCAGAGAACAGCUGUCCUAUUAAAAACAAAAGAUAAGAACAGCGCCUGGUACGUUGUGAGUCAUUUCUAUGAAACUGCAUAUAAAGAAUGAUCAUUAGUUUACACACUGUGCAGGCUCACUCUCUGAAAAUAAAAUGGAACUGGCUUAGUGAUCUCUGCUUUCGUCAGAACAUCGGGACCCAUUGGUCAUUUGCAAAAUGCAUCGUCCUAGUGCAAGUUCACACGAGCACUUCCAGCUGUGUGUUCAAAGGCCUUUACUGUCAGCAGUGAUCAUUAGACCACGCCAACAAGAGAUGCUGACCUAUUCACUUGCAGGGCCUUAAUGCUGUUUUGCCCCAACAAAGAGUCUCUACGUCCUAAAAGUCAAGGCACUUCAUCAAUUUAUUGGCACACAUGACAGGAUUUCUUUGGCCCUGAGCCCAACGCAGUUUGUACUUCAUGAAAUAUAUUGUACAUUUUACAUAGUUUAAUUUAAAAAAAAAUACAUUUUAAGCUGGUUGAUCUUUGACUGCCUUAUUUAUUAUAACCUUUCAGCACAUUCCAAGGUUUUAGUUACUCAGGAAGGAGUUAAUUAAAAUGAUUUUAUUUUGGUCUGAUGGAUGUUUUUUAAAAGGAAAAUUAUUAUUAUGAACCUUCAGCCUACUCUUCUGGAGUGCCGUAAAAGUGCUUGUAAAUCCUUUUUUUUUUUCUUUUUAAGAAGAAGAAGGAAGAAAAAAAUGGUGUUUGACAUUGAUGGAAAUUCAAAAAUAUAUAUGGAACUGAAACAUUAGCUUAGCUAAAAUAAAAGCAAUCUGUGUUUGAGAUGAAGUGUUCCUUAACUUAUUCAUCAUCCAUAUAAAUAAAUGAAUAUAAAUAAGUUGCAAUUUUUUCCCCAUUCUGUUCCUAGCUGGCAAUAAAAGUGCCUGCAGUUUUUCCCA